CUGUGCAUGUGAUCAUGGGUCAGUCUGAGCGCCAACGCCGCCCGCCCGACCUGCCGCCCAAGUAGCGCGCAUUCAUGUGACAUAGUUUGCUCAAUCCAGCCGUAUUGAAAAACAAUCAAACGUUUAAAAGUGUUUUUCGUUUUGAAAAAAAUAUUGUUUGAAAUCUUAAGGUUAAUUAAAAGACUGUCUGUUACUGUUUAUUCACUUUUAAUUCUAAAAUGGGUAUGAUUUCACGUGUACGUGGUCGAAUCCGAAGUGAUUCUUUCUCGAAAAUUCAAAUGAAAUCCGAGGAUAAAAUAGCCAAUAUCGUGUGGCUUAUAUCGCUAGUUCUUCUUCUGCCAUACUGGGCACCACGGGGUCUCCUGGUGGCGCUAGGGGGAGCCUGGCUUAUGGCCGCUUACACAUGCUUUGUGGUUCCAGUCCUCAUCUCUGCCAACUACCGAUAUCCAGCUAGAUGGUACCCGGCCGUUGUCAAACUUGCACGAAAGAUAGCGCGAAAGCUGCAAGCUCCAGUGGCAAGAGUUGUAUAUGUCCUGAAAACUGCAUACUCCCCUAUUGACCGCGCAGAACGACUGUUUCUGCAGCUGAAUAAUCUCUCCACAAUGAUCAGCCAGUUGCUGAUCUUCACUGCAUGUGACCGCCUCUUCGUAUCAAGCGGCAGGCUUACCUGCCUCUACUCGCUCAUGUUCUACAAUGUCAUCACAUAUUCAGUGAACUAUAUUAAAGAAAUAUGCACCAAAGAAGACUGGUCUCCCUAUGUUAAUGUCACUCGUCACUCCCAAGUAAAGCACCUUGCAAUGUCUGCUACCAAAAUCGUACUCGAAUGGACCAAAGCGGUCACAUUUAUCGUGACCAUAACGUUUAUUCUCCUUACACUGGGAUUGGAACAAGGAUUGGAACAUUACAGGCCAAAUCUGCUUUACACUCUCAUUACAGGAACUUAUUAUUUAUUAACUGAAAGAACAUUCCUGGAGUUAUGGCCUUUGGCGCUGUCUGCUAUGAAAUUAGAAAGACUAGAAGGAAUGGAGGCAAUGUAUUGCGGAGUUUGGGCUAGAGGUAUCACGACUGCAAUAGCGAUACCCUUAGUGCCAGCUCUUGCGUGGCACGAGCGUUGGAGGCUCGCUUUGCUCGUUGCAUACAUCUGUGUUUACGUGCACGGAAGACAUAGACUCGGGGAAGUAUUGGUUAAACUGAACGAGGCCUGUGACUCUCUAGCCAGGUUUCGACGAGCGACUGUAGAAGAAUUGUCGACAUUGGAAGAUGUGUGUGCUGUUUGUCUCGGAGCUAUGAAGUCAGCUCGAGUGACUCCUUGCGCUCAUUUCUUCCACGCCGACUGUCUGAGGAAAUGUCUUGCUGCAUCAGAUCGAUGUCCUAUAUGUGUAAGACCAUACGUGUUCUAUUGACAGAGUAUUUAAAGACUGUGUGGCUUAGUUAUAAUAUGAAAAUUAAGUGAUGACCAGUAUUAUUCAAACGAAUGUUAUUUUUAAGAUUAUUGCAAAUAAUUUAAAGAAGUUGGAGUGCAAUGGGUGAUAUUUUAAUAAUAUUUAAUAGAUUUAAAAUCCUAUGAAAUAGAGCGACACCCCAUAUAGACUGUUCUUUUUUGGGUUAUUUAUGAAAAUCGGAAUGGUCUAAGAUCCGAAUAUAAGUGGAAAUGCAACGGCGUGAUAAUAGAAUGAGACCAAUUUUAUAAUAAAUUUAGUGUAUUAAAAAAUGUAUUAAAAAUGGGUUGACUGGGAAAAUCCUGGACAGGACAUUGUUAAUGAAUUUAAAAAAAAAAUAUUUUUUUUAAUUAAUUGCAGUAUCAACAUAAUAAAAAAAAAUUUAUAAUAGACUUAAAGUAUGAAACCUACAGAAUGUGCAGUCAUAGUCGUUUUCUAAUAUUUACCGGGACAAACGGCUAGGUUGGCAGGUAUAAACAGGUACUUAGGUAUGUUGG